AUGACCAAUUGUUUCCAAAGACUCCAGCAGCACUCGACAUCAUUGAAAUUAGCUCGAAAAACCACAUCUAGUGAGUGUCAAAGGCCAUGUUCCAACCUGCGACAAAGUCGAUUCGGUCUCGUAGCAAAAGUAAAAGUCGUUCAAAAUGCAUUUACUUUUGCUACAAAACCAGUGUCCAAGUCAGUCGAGAUACUCACGAAAAGUCGAAAACGUGAUCGAAUCCGGAACUACCUCGUCUGUCGACGAGAAGUCAAAACCAAUGAAGCCCUUUUGUAUGUGGCAGAGCCUGCAAUACUGUCGACGGACAAGGAGGAAAUUCGGUCAUCGGAUGAUACGGAAGAGGGUGACGACGUCUACAUGGUCGACUGCCAAAGCGAUUCGGACUCGGAUGACGACUCGUGUAAUGAAGAUGACUUUGUGGCUCCGCCAGUGAUUAUCCCCGAAAUAUACCGAAAGCAGGACCGUCUCGGUGGGGUCAUCGUAGCAGGUGCGCGAGUUUUAUUCACGAAUGCUGCGUUUCAGCGGCAGCAAGCGAUAGUGCACAAGCUGCAGUCGGUUCCUGAAGGCAGCCAGCUUGCAGUCCUUAUGGGAUUGCACCGUGAGCCCAUUGUGAUCCGAGCCUUUUGA